AUGCGCCCACGAUGGAUGGACCUGACCAAGCCGGAGGACAUCCAGCGCGUCCUGCAGCACAUGCAGGCCCACACCAACAGCACAGGGCUCUGGGGCCUGGUGAACAACGCCGGCUUCAACGACAUCAUCGCCGACGCCGAGCUCUCUCCGCUGGGCAAAUUCCGCGCCUGCAUGGAGGUGAACUUCUUCGGUUCGCUGGAGCUCACCAAGGGGCUGCUGCCCCUGCUCCAGCCCGCUCACUCGUCCUUUUUGCUCCUGCAAGGUGACCUGCCCUUCCCCUGCCUGGCAGCCUACGGGGCCUCGAAGGCAGCCCUCAGCCUGCUCAUGGACACCUUCCGCAGCGAGCUCCAGCCCUGGGGUGUCAAAGUCAGCCUCAUCCUGCCUGGCUACUACAAAACAGGUAAGAGGGUCAGCACCUGCUGGCUGGCAGCACCCACAGGCAAAGGGGAUCUGCUGCAGGCCUACGGCGAGGACUACGUGGAGGAGAUCAACCGCCAGUUCAUCCAGUUCAUGAAGGUGGCAGUGGAGGACCUCAGCGCGGUGGUGAACAGCAUCACAGAUGGGCUCUUGGCUGCCAACCCAGCCGUGCGCUACUACCCAGGGCAGGGCCUUGGGCUGAUGUAUUUCAUACACCGCUACCUGCCCUAUUUUGUCCGAGACUUGUUCCUGAAAGGAUUCUUCAUCAACCCCAAGCUGCCCCGAGCGCUGCGGCGAGAGCACCACGACGACGCGAAGGCGGCCUGA